CAAGGAUUUCUACGAGUUUAAAUAUUUUUUGCAUUUACACUUGUUGGAUCUUCCUCGUAGACUUCCCCACGUACCAUGUCAGAAGGCUAUAUUUUGGCUGCUCUUGAAUUCUUGAUACAAUAUGGUGGAACUCAAAGUAUUAAAGACUUGUGGGUACUAAUGUGUAACAAAUUCCACCAAGCUUCUGAUUUUAAACAUGGUGUUGGAAAAAGUCAUCAUAGUUUCGAGAAAUUUUUGUUAUCUAACCCAACAAUCUUUAAUGUUGCUGAUAAUGUCGUUUGUCUUACUGAUAUUAGCAACCCUUUAGAAAACGAAAGGGACUACUCACAUCAGUAUAAUAGUCGUUGCAAUAAUACUUCUCUUAAAAAUUCAAAAAAUAUCCGAAGUAAAUACACCAUAGAGUCAGAGGCUUCAGCCGUUCGAUAUUUCCAAGAACAGUUGUUGAGAAAACCAGAACGAUGGGUCCCAAUAAGAAACUUGGCUGGACAUUUAUCACAGGCAUCUCCUCAUAUUAGACUAUGUGUGGGACCGCAGUCCGAAUUUCUUAAUUUUUUGACGCGGCACUCACUCAUCUUUGAAAUUCAGGGUGAUCUGGUUGGAUUAAGGAACAGAACCAAAAUAGUUUCCUGCACACCUCAACAAUCUAUUAAUAAAAAGAAAGGAGUACGGCCACUGUCAUCACAUUUUCCCGAUGAUCUACACCGGAUAUCUGUUCCUUGUUCUCGUAUAGACAAUAAUUUCUUCAGUCUUCACCGUACUGGCCACGAGGAACCGGCACCUAAAUCGCAAAGUGAAGAUAAUAUUAUUGUGUGUUUAGACGACUGCAAAGCUAUAUCUUGGGUAAUGUACGUCAUAAAACAUAACCUAAAAGAUGAAAUUAUGAUUUCAAGAUUACUUGCAGAGCUUUCAAAUGCCCCUGAUUUGGUGAGGAAUUGUAUUGGUUGGACUCAGAUUGAGCUUUCGGAGUUUCUCAAAAAAUAUAACAGGAUAUUCACUGUUGAUGAGAUUACCGGUGUCGUCGCAGUACACUACACAAAAAAACUUAAUAUUUUUGUUGCCUCAAGGCAUAUAAAUGAUUCUUCUAAUGGCCUAAUACUUUCUCAAAAGGGUUGCAUCUUUUGUGUAAACAGGCUAUGGGGGAUAAUUGAUCUCGGAUUUCAUGAACAUGUCUUCUUCGACAGAUCGCUAUUCAAGAAUGUUACAGACCUGACUAAACAUUUCAAGAUUAAAGAAGUAGUUUAUUUCAAUGCAAUUUUAGCACCUAAAGAUUCUCGUGCAAAAUGGCGUGCUACAUGUGUUUGGAAAGAAACUGAUCAAAUAAUUAAUCAGUUAGCUAAAGUCAAUUAUUCUGAUAAUAAUACUACUACUAAUAAUAAUAACGGUAAUUUACAACAUUCUGAUACUCAUUCUCGUCAACAUCAUCAUCAACAACAACAACUUAAUGAUGAUCCUGAUUCCGGUUUAGAUAAUUCUGAUGAAAUAAUAGAUCCCAAAAAAAAUAAAUUGAACGAUGAUCCAAUCAAUAAAAGAGAUCAGUCACUCAAGUCUUUAUUUGAUGAAGAUAAUAUGUCAGUAGAGUAUGAAUUUAUUAUUAAACAGUUUGCUAAUGUACGUAUGGCUGAUGUUUGGGAGAUUGAACAGUUUACAAGUCAGUUAAAAUGUACAAAUUCAGAUGUGCUCAAUAGUAAUACUAAUAGUACUGUUGUGAAUCAUAGCAAUAAUAAUAAUCAGUAUAAUCAUAUCAAAGAUCAUCAUCGUCUAUCAUCAUUGUCACAAUAUAAUCCAAUUGAUCAUGAACGUAGUUUAUCAAUUAGUAAUGAAUCACUGUCUGAUCUAAAUACAUUAUCUGAAAUACCUAGUAUUAUGUCUGGUAUACAACUGGAACCACCAUCGACAAUAGCAUCUUUAAAUUACUCUGAACAUGAAACUGAUCAUGGUGACAGUCCAAGACAAUUAUAUAAACUACCUACUCAUAAACCAGGUUGUCCAUGUCAGUGUCUAUUAUCAUCCACACUAAUUCAAGACAAAAAAUCCAUGAAUAGUGUAACUACACAAACAUUGUUUACAGGUGAAGUUAAAGGAAAAUUUUUUUAUCAUGAAACACAAGAUGGUCAUAAUCAUCAUUCUUGAAUUCUAUUGUUAUUAACGUCGUAGCGAUGUGUUGCUUUAAAAUCAUUUUUAACCAUAAUUUCUCCCUAUUGACUCCUUUUUUUCGAAUCCAUUUUAGAUAAUCAUGUAGUAACACACAGUUCAUUUCAUAUACUGAAUUAGUCAUUAGUUUGUUAUGAAUUUGUGUAUUCUCUAUUUACUUCGAUAAGACGUUUCCCAAGUCUUAUCUAUCUUGAAUUACAUUUUUUUCCUUUUUUUUCCUCACUGACAAUAAAAACACCAUCGUAUGACUAUCUACAUGCCUUAGUCUAAAUAUUGUCAUUAUAAUAGAACAGGAUAGGUAAAGUACUCAGUCAUCAUUAUCAUUCAUAGUUACUUUUAUCUACCUAAGUAAAAUAUUCCAAAUACAAAAAAGGUAACAAUCACCACUAAUCAACUUUGUCAGUUUCGCAU